CGAUUUGACGUUACUUUUGGUUAUUGCACCUAUAUUUUGGUGGCAUCAAGACGGGAAGAAGCUCGUUUACCUUAGGGAAGAACAUUCUUACCUUUGUGUAGCAGUAAAUUGUUGAAAGAAACAUGAAGAUGCCCUGAAAUUGGCCUCCGACAUCGUUAGCACGUUCGCUCUUUUAACCGGCAACGGCACUGACGUCGGGCAGCGCAGGAGUGACAAGGCUUCGUGACAUCCGACAACGGCAAAACUAUCAACAUCGUCAUGAAAGUCCGAGCGCAGGUACUUUCGUGAGUGGAACGUGGUCUUCAUAAGGGAAAUAAAUCCAUUGAAACUUUCAUCUCUGGCUGAACGAAUCGGUCCAAGAGCACGGCACCCGAAUCAUGCAGCUGUUUGCUCACGGUACGCUGCUUUCAUGUGUGCUUAUGAUGCUCUUAACGUCAUGUACGGCGGAUGUGUAUGUUGUUAAAAGGUAUGAUCCUUUAGUCAAGACGCGAUCAGGAAAAAUUCGAGGAUUUCGAGAAGAGAAAUUCGGUAGGCACGUGAACGCGUUUCUUGGCGUGCCGUUUGCCCAACCACCGCUAGGACCUCUACGAUUCCGCAAGCCACUUCCUGUUAAACCAUGGAUGAGAGAAUUGAAAGCCAUGUUCUUUCCGCCAUCAUGUGUACAGCCCGAUGUCGUCGUCAAUCGCGUCUUCAAUUUCACCCAGGACGAACGUAGUGAAGAUUGCCUUUACCUUAACAUCUGGGCUCCAUUAACAAACAAUACGGGCGAUAGCCGUCCUAAAACGGUGAUGGUGUUCCUUUACGGAGGUGCCUUCUUUUUUGGAAGUACCAAUUACCGAUUCUACAAUGGUGCAAUAUUGGCAGCACUUACCGAUGUCAUUAUAGUUACCGUCAACUAUCGUCUCGGGCCUUUUGGGUUUAUGAACGCACGCAUACCCGAGAUACCUGGUAAUCAAGGUUUAUGGGACCAACAUCUCGCUUUCAGGUGGAUUAAAGAAAAUAUCCAGCACUUCAAUGGAGACCCAGAGUCCAUCACUAUAUUUGGACAUAGCGCGGGCGGAAUCUCUUUAGGCUUUCAUCUUGUAUCACCUCUAUCAAAGGGUCUGUUCAAGCGCGCUAUAAUUCAGAGUGGGGCCCCCUAUUAUAAAAUUACCGAUAACCCUAAUGAGGCCCGACAACAGUUUGAGGCUGCUGCGGGGGCUCUCGGAUGCGCCACGAGCGAAGAUUUCGCCUCUGGCAAAGACAUGAAGAUGGUCGUUGAGUGUAUGCUGUCCAAGAACACGUCCGAAAUUCUGACGUCGCUCGAGUACUUCAAUGAUCGUGUUAAAACCACAUACGUGCCAUGGCCUGGAGAUGAUCUUGUACCACAGGACUUGCCAGAUGCGAUUAGGGAGGGCAACGUUAACGAUAUGGACCUUCUAGUGGGAGCUACAAUGGAUGAAGGCUCUCUCUUUAUACAAUAUUACCUUUCAUCUGUUUUGGAUUUCGCCAAUCCGGAGACAAUCACGAAGCGGGGCCUUAAGGUUUACCUUAGUUUUCUUUUCCGUUUAAUACGACAGCGAUUGCCACAAGAAAUUGCCGAGCAGUACGUGAGUGCGGAUCCGAACGAAAGCAAUGCUGAAUUCCUUCGAAGAGCUGGACAUUCUCUCGGUGAUUUCGGAUUUGUCUGUCCCCUUGUUAGGUUUGCAGCGGACUUUGCAAGUCGUAACAAUAACGUAUAUUUCUACGAAUUCGGAUAUCGGCCUGGAUAUUCGUGGAAUGAACAGUGGCAAGGUGUAGCUCACUUCGAUGAAAUACCAUUUAUUUUUGGGACGAACUUAAAUACACCGGAGUUCAACGUCACACGGGAGGAACGCAUAUUCACACUAUUUAUGAUGCAUACAUGGUCGUACUUCGCCAAGACAGGGCAUCUCCCAAACAUCUUCGGCAAGAAGUGGCCGCAGUUCAAUGGGGCAACCCGGCCCUAUGUUCAUCUAAAUGGACGCCACACUGCGAUCCGCGAGGGAAUCGGCAAUCGGUGUGAGUUCUGGAAGUUUCGGAACUACAAAUUCGUGACCCCGCCCCGGCCGGACCUCGACGAGCUGUGGAUGAGGCCGACACCUAGCUACGAUGGACUGGCAAGUCUCUGAUUGGGUUCAGAUAUAGUACCAUUACUAAAUUAUUCUGGUGAGCUUGUAUAGCUUAUCUUAAUAACCUUCACCUCAGACAAUGGUGACGUCUGACUUUUCAAGCAGUAAAGCUAGCUGUAAAACGAUAGCAGCCAUAAGGAGACGCACAGAACAAACGGCGCUAUAAUUCGCUAUGAUGCAGAGUAUAAAGUGCAUUCAGUAUAACGUCGUACACGCGUGCAACUGAAAAGCGUCAUUGAGAGAGCAUGCUUCCAAUGGACAAACAUAGUGCUUGAAAUUGAAGUGUAAACAGUGAUUUGUACCGAUAGUUACUGCAUUCAGCUACGCUAUUGCUGGUGAGCAGGACGCCAACCGACUUCACCGUACGUUCCUGAUCCUGCCUGUUUAGGCACGCAAAGAGGAAUAUUUGAUAUAAUAUAGGAUGGUUUGUACAAAUAAUGUAUAUUCUCAUAUAAGCAGGAGUCGCUGCUUAAAGUCCCGCCAAUGACACAUAGUUCAUGUCGAUGCAUAACUUGU